CAGGUGUACUACGCCAAAAAGAAGCGCCGGGCGCAGCAGGGCCCCCCCGAGGACGCCGGCACCAAGAAGGAGCGACGCCUCUGCAACGAGGGCUACGACGACGACAACCACGACUACAUCGUGCGCAGCGGCGAGCGCUGGCUGGACCGCUACGAGAUCGACUCCCUCAUCGGCAAGGGCUCCUUCGGCCAGGUGGUGAAGGCCUACGACCACCAGGCGCAGGAGUGGGUGGCCAUCAAGAUCAUCAAGAACAAGAAGGCGUUCCUCAACCAGGCGCAGAUCGAGCUGCGCCUCCUCCAGCUGAUGAACCAGCACCACACCGAGAUGAAGUACUACAUCGUGCACCUCAAGCGCCACUUCAUGUUCCGCAACCACCUCUGCCUGGCCUUCGAGCUCCUCUCCUACAACCUCUACGACCUCCUCCGCAACACCAACUUCCGCGGCGUCUCCCUCAACCUCACCCGAAAGUUCGCCCAGCAGCUCUGCGCCGCCCUCCUCUUCCUCGCCACCCCCGAGCUCAGCAUCAUCCACUGCGACCUCAAACCCGAGAACAUUCUCCUCUGCAACCCCAAACGUUCCGCCGUGAAAAUCGUCGACUUCGGGAGUUCUUGUCAGCUGGGGCAGAGG